CACUGCAGUGAAUAAGAAGCGUAUAGAGAAAAACAGAAACAGUUCGUUCCCAUUUUUCUUCCAUUCCCAUUUCCCAUCGACUAGUCAGUCGUAACAGCAAAUGAGAUUGACAUUGAGCAGUUAUAUAUAUUCAAUUCGAAUCCAAAACCAAAAGUGUUGAUUCGAUUCGAUUCCAUUCCAUUGAAUCUCAGAUCUGAGCGAGCUUCCUCAACCAUCAACAAUGGCGAAACCAAGAUACUCUCGCCUUCCAUCUCGGAAAUCAUCGUCUUCUUCCACGCUCAUCUUCGCCUUGUUCCUCGCCUUCACUUUCCUCCUCCUCAUCCUCUUCGCCCUCGGCAUCCUCUCCAUUCCAAGCUCCUCAUCUCGUGACAAGUUCCCCAAACCCAACGAUCUCACCUCCAUUGCUCAUAACACGCUCGACAGAACCGAUGAUGAUGAUGGAAGGGGAGAACAGUGGGUUGAAGUGAUCUCAUGGGAGCCGAGAGCCUUCGUGUAUCAUAAUUUUCUGACCAAAGAGGAAUGUGAAUAUCUAAUUGAUAUAGCGAAGCCUAAUAUGCAUAAGUCAACAGUCGUCGACAGUGAAACUGGAAAGAGCAAAGACAGCAGAGUCCGUACGAGUUCUGGAACUUUUCUGCCAAGAGGACGUGAUAAGAUUGUGAGGAAUAUUGAGAAAAAAAUUGCUGACUUUACUUUUAUUCCUGUAGAGCAUGGUGAAGGACUUCAAGUUCUACAUUAUGAGGUUGGACAAAAGUAUGAGCCUCACUAUGACUACUUUCUUGAUGAGUUUAACACUAAGAAUGGGGGUCAGCGUAUAGCAACAGUACUGAUGUACCUUACCGAUGUUGAAGAAGGAGGUGAGACAGUGUUCCCAUCUGCCAAAGGGAAUUUUAGUUCUGUGCCAUGGUGGAAUGAGCUUUCUGAUUGUGGAAAGAAAGGGCUUUCAAUUAAGCCGAAGAGAGGUGAUGCUUUACUUUUCUGGAGCAUGAAGCCAGAUGCAACUUUAGAUCCAUCAAGCUUACAUGGUGGUUGUCCGGUCAUUAAGGGUAAUAAGUGGUCAAGUACCAAAUGGAUACGUGUCAGUGAAUACAAAGCUUGAAUAUACAUUAUCAUAGGCUUGUCUGAGUUCAUCACGACAACGAUGUACAAUUUUGAAGUCUCAGUUAAAACGUUGCUCGGUAAUGCUUCAGGUCUUGAAGAAAACGUUUACAGUUUGCCACGGCAUUUGUGUAAUUUUGGAUGUUCUGCUGUACCUCAACUAACUCAUUUUUUUCCCUACCCUUUGCAUUUAUAUUAGUAGCAAAUAUAAUAAACAAAUUUGUGUGUUUGUCAACUUACAUUAGGGAGGUUCAAGAAACUAAGAUGUAACAAGAAUACCAGUUUUUGCCCCAGAGUUCAUUUACCAAUGUCAAAUGAUCAUAGUUGUUGUA